AUGCCGAGACAAAUCUCUAUCCUCGUGUACAAAGGCGUGCCAGUAGACUUCUCCAAAUACCGACACACAGCACUGCACGCCCUCUACCCCGACGGUCAAUAUGACUGGCUUCAUGUUGCCGGCGCACACCCUUUUUUUAAAUUCCAAAAAGACGCCGAGAACCCCAUGUCAGAGCAGCCAAUAGCUUGGAUUCCUGUAUGUACAACGCCGGAAUCUGUCACCAAGACGAAGAUCAUUCUUGCAUGUGCUAGCACGUCGGUGCGCAACAGCAAUAACGAUCGAGACUGGAACUGUCAGAACUGGGUUGGGGAGGCUCUUACUGAGCUCGUUAAGAUCGGCUGUUUGACUAAAGAAGAGCGUGGAGCGGCCAUUAAUAAAAUGGUAGAAAUUAUCUUGGAGGCGGAGCUGGAAGAUGAUGGAAUAUACUGA